AUGGCUUCAUGUCUUUUUAAUUUUCCUAUAUCAGUUAAUAUAAUUUAUACAUUAUAUGGAAUAGGAAUCGGACCAAUAUUUCCAACUAUUUUAGCUUAUUUAAAGUUGUCUGAUGUUAAGAAGAUUAAUUAUAUUUUUAUUUCUAAAGCACUGGCUACACUUUUGUCACCAUUGGCUAUUAAUGAGAUUAUAAAUAAAUAUGGAAAAAAUAUAUAUCCCUGUUUUGCUUUUCUUUGGACAUUAGCAUAUAUAUUAUUUUUUGUUGGUAUAUUAAAUUAUCAUGCAUCAAAAUCUUAUUAUAACUUAAAAGAUGGAAAACACAAAAUUUGGUAUUUAUUUUUUGGAAAUACAACAAAAACUGCAAAAAAGAAAGUUAGAAAAGUUAUGAGAAGUUUUAGGAACAAAAGUUUUAAGGCAAUAACUAAAGUAAAGUACAAUGCUGGAACAUGGUCAAGUAGAAAAACAAAUAGUUACAAACAAAAUACAAAAAAAUCUUUAAAUCUAAAUAAUGAAGAAAAUAAAAAAAUGAAAAGAUCUUUUAAUUCUGAAGAAUAUAUUAAAGACAUUAAUAUUAAUAAAUCAAAUUAA